AUGCUUUCCGCAGGGGAACGACCUCAGCCUCCUUUUGCCUCCACCUUAGAGUCUACCGUGAGCAAGGCGCGCAUCAUGCCGGACCUCGCCGCCAACGAAACGAACGGAGUAACAUGCUCCACACCCUCCGAACCCGCGCAAAUGCAACAUAUCUGGGUCGUGACUGGUCCAGCAGGGUGCGGGAAGAGCACUGUCGGCAAUGUCCUACGCACCGAACUCGGGAUACCAUUCUUAGAAGGCGACGACUAUCACCCUGCAGCAAACAAAGACAAAAUGGGCCGAGGCAUCCCACUCACAGACGAGGACCGCUGGGACUGGCUGAUCUCCCUGCGUCAUGCGGCAAUCAAUGCGCUCUCCCCCUCAGAAGCCAACGAUUUCCACCCACCCACUGGUGUGGUAGUAGCCUGCUCCGCGCUGAAGCAGAAGUACCGGGAUGUGAUGCGCGUUGCCGCGUACGGCUCGCCCUCGGUGCAGAUUCACUUUGUCUACCUCAAGCUCAAUGAGGAGGUACUGAUGCAGCGUGUCACACAGCGCGAAUCUCACUACAUGAAGAGCGGUAUGGUGCAUUCGCAGCUUGCUACGCUGGAGGAGCCGGAGGGCGAGUGGGAUGUUCUUACUAUCGACGUUGAGGGGACGAUGGAAGAGGUACAGCGCAAUGUUAUCGAUGCCGUUGUUGAGAAGCUUGCUGAGUACAAGUGA